AUGCUGUCUGGUUUUCUCGUUUUUCUCUUUCUUGCUGCCCACGGCGCAGCUCAGUUUGGGCCAACUGCAUGGACAGUCACGCCCUUCAACCCUCCAGCGCUACCAUUUGCUGUUAAGUCACCAUAUGUUAAUACAUGGUCUCCACUGGGAAAUGCUUCUGAAGCUGUCACUUCCGCAUGGCCAAGGACAUGGGAUAAAGGUUUCGAUAUCAUGGCAUGGUAUUCGGCAAUUCGUGUCGAUGGAAAAGCAUACCAAAUUCUUGGUCAGGCCCCUACGCCUCAACUCCCCAUAGCAUCUCAACAGCAGGUUGUAUAUACACCAACGCAAGUAUCCUAUAUUAUUGCAGCCGGAGGUGUGGAUGUGAAUAUGACUUUCUUGAGCCCACUUGAACCGACCGAUCUCGUCCGUCAAUCGAUGCCAUUUGCGUAUAUGUACAUCACCCUCCAGCCGAACGAUGGAAAAGCUCACGACGUGCAACUCUAUACGGACGUUUCUGGAGAAUGGAUUGCUGGUGACAAAGACCUGCCAACGAAUUGGACGAUUAACGAGUCGAAUAAUUUCGUUUAUUUGCAAAUGCAGCCAUCUUCGCCUCUACCAUUUCAAGAGCUCAAUGUACGACCACAAGAUGGAACAUUAUACUAUUGCACAAAGAAGUCAGAUAACGUUACCUGGCAAAUUGCCAAUUCUGCGGAUCUGCGCAAUAGUUUUGGGAAUGGAAGUGUUACUAGUCUUCCGAAAACAGCUGAAGCCAAUUUUCACCCCCUUGGCAUCCCGGAUUAUGACACAAUGGGCAUCGCAGUCGAUCUUGGAACUGUCAACUCCAUAAGCGAGACACUGGUGUAUGCUUUGGGUGUCGUGCGCGAUCCCGUCGUGCAAUACGCCAACCAAAAAGUGCAGAUUGAAAAGCGAAGCUCGUAUUACUGGUCAAAGUUCACCAACGUUCACGAUGUGGCACACGUCCUGGACAAUUUUGAUAAUGCUGUAACUGCAUCAACGACUAUCGAUAAUAAAAUCCUCCGUGACGCCAGUCAAAUUUCGAGCAACUACGGGGAUAUUCUACGCCUUUCAACACUGCCAGCUAUGGGUGCACUCGAAUACACUAUACUCAAGGACAGUUCGGGAACUUUCAAUACAUCUGAUAUCAAGGCGUUCUUGAGUGAUUUGGGCGGCAUCGGAUCUGGCGGCGCUGUUGACGUGCUGUAUGCCGCUAUGCCAGCGUAUUUGUAUCUCAACCCUGCCAUCCUCGGAUAUCUCCUGAGCCCCCUCAUGGAGUACCAGGAAAGUACUCAGUACACAAAUCCGUAUGCUGCCCAAGAUUUAGGGUCGCAAUUUCCGAAUGCGACGGGGAACUCAAAUGGACACGAUCAAGGGAUCGAACAUUCCGCGAACAUGCUCAUUAUUAGCUUGGCUCACGCUCAGAUAUCUGGAGAUGGCAGUCUUUUGAACCAGCACUAUAACCUCCUGAGUGGCUGGGGCAAUUACCUGGUGAAUAACACCAUGAAUCCAGAAGAUCAGGCAUCAUCGCUUUCGGACGCGAUUUUAUCGAGCAAUCAGACGAAUCUCAUAUUAAAGGGUAUCAUUGGUAUCGGGGCUAUGGCAAAGAUCAGCGGUUAUAUGGGGUAUACAGAUGUUCAAAACCGGUUCCAGGGUAUUGCCCAGCAAUACAUGCAAAAGUGGACGAGCCUUGCAGUUGACGCGGGUCAAAUCCGAAUAAGCUUUGGUUCAACGUCUUCGGGGAUAAUUUACAACUUAUAUGCGGACAAGCUUCUUCAACUAAAACUCGUCCCGAGUUCUGUGUAUGACACUCAAACACAGUAUUAUAAGUCACAAACCUCGCUUUUUAAAUGCGGUAUCCCUCUGGAUGCAUCUAACAUGUCAUCAACGGCUCAUUGGAUGAUGUUCGGUUCCGCUGCUGUAACUGAUACAACUGUCAGAGACGCCAUGAUUGAACAAAUUCGCUCGUAUCUUUCAGCCGAGCUACAGAAUCGCCCAUUCCCAAUACUAUACAAUCCGCGCGACGGGACGCAGCUUGGUGGAGAGAAUAGGUGUGUUAUUGGCCUUUCUUAUUGA